GACGAAGGAAAUAAAAAGGAGGGCUAGAGAAAGCAACAAGAGCCCACGGCCACGAAGGGUGACAAAGUACUGACAUCGAUCCCACGUGAACGUUGAGUUUGCGGACAACAAGUGCAACUGGUCAGUGAAGAAGCCAGAGUUGCCGAGCUGAUCAACUCUCGAGUCCUGAUCCUUCUUUGCUAGAACUUCGAAACAAGCAUGGACAGAAUGAAAACGUUGUUGGUUCUAUUCACCGUUAUGGAAGCUGCUUAUGCCGCUCGAUUUGCCACUCCCGUCGUUCUAAAUCCGACCAUGUCCUCAUUUUCGUCGGCUACCAAGGGUGGCCACAUUCAAGCCAACGUGGAGACCGAGUUGUUCGCCGUAUACGGACAGGAGGCAGGAUUCAUCACCGAGCAGUGGUUCACCGGAGAGCUGGCAUUGAGUCAGGACACGCGGAUUCGCAUUUACAUUGACAACGAGACAGCACCAUCCCUGGAUUUCAAUCUCUUCAUGGCGCACGGUGUGGGUUGUCCGAUCGGCGACGACGAUCCCGAUUUACCGUGGCAGACUCGCCGCAUCGCACGAGAAGCUCACGGCAGUGUUUAUAAUACAUACAGAAUUCCAUUCGGUCAUUCGGUGAAGGUAACGGCGACUAUUCCACAGGCUGGAGCCUUCUGGUACAUUGUGCGAGGGUUGACCAACGUCCCAUUGACUGUGGGUGGAUUUCAGCUUCCAGAAGGUACACGACUCAAGCUGUACAAGGUCGAAAACGCAUUGCUACAACCACUGGAUUUUGUCACUGCAGCGCAAACAAGUGGCUCUACCGCAGGAUGGCUCUAUCAGGUGACACUGCAUGCAAACAGCACCGACUUCACAUAUCUUGAAGCCUGCUUCCGUGCUGACAUUGAUGGUAAGCCAACGCAGUUUCUCUCCUCUGGAACGGAGGAUUUCUUCCUGUCGGCGUACUAUUUCAACAAGGGUCUCUUCCACGGAGAUCACUCCGGUUUGACAUGCAAAGCAAACCCUGGUCAGAUGAGUGCCUACAAGUUCUUUGAAGACGACCCGGUACUUUUCUCGAAAUCACUGAAACUGACUUGGCGUUGUGGAGAGUCUAGCCAAGGAGAGAAUGGCUGCCCGAAUGUCUUCCAUCCUCCUAGCUCAAAUGACAGAUACAGCCAGGCACAUAACACUCAAACAGCCUCAGGAGCCACGUCAACGCACAUGAAAAAAUCUGGGCAAGUUGGGGCUCAUCCAACCACGGCCAGUCUAUAUUCGUGGGUAUAUGAGUAUCCACAGUAAUUGCAUUGCAGCUUCACAGCGCCACACUGCACAACAAAAUAAUCAUAAUAAUUGAUUAUGGCGAAACCAUAAUUAUUGUAAGAUCCAAUUUAGGCCUUGACGGAUUAUGCUAAUAUUUUCGUGAAAUUAUGCUUUUCGCAUUGCUGAACAAAUUGCAGAAUUAUGCUUUUUUUAUGCUAAAAGUUAUCAUAUUAUGCCGUAUUAUGCUCACAUAUGUUGCUAUUGUAUACGAUGGUUCUGUGCAAAAUAACAGGGGUAUUUUUUUGUAGAGGGCGUUGUACUGUAGUAGCAAAAGUUCAACUGGGUCAACCCACCGUCCGACCUAGCUCCGACCGUCACUGAUUGUUGGACUGGACAUGUUAUCAAGGGAGUCGUAAACCUACUACUUCCUGGUGCAUCUACUUGUACUUGUACUCGUACUAGUCGUAGGACAUGUACAUGUACAACUGUAUUGAAUUUGAUAAGAACUGGCAGAUUAUUCCAAUUUAUGCGAUUCGUAUGCAAUUUGCCUCGAAUUGUGCGAUUAUUCGAUUUUUGGUAGGAAUUAUGCGAAAAAUUAUGCUAGCAUAAUCCGUCAAGGCCUAAUCCAAUUCCAUUGAUUGUGUAGACUGCAUAGGCUGUGUAUUGCUGCUAUACGUCAUCAAAGUUCUAGAUUGAGAUUACAAUGUUCUAUUAUUUUUGAAAGAAGCGACCUGCACAACCACAAUCCUUGGCACAACCAGGGCCACGAAAUUGGGGCCAUACUAAAUUUUGGUACUGGCUCAGAAUGACUAAUUAAAG